UGGAACAUUUCUAAAUGUUAUGUCUUCGCAAUUUGAGAUAGGGACAACUCUUACAUUUACUUGUGAGACAGGAUUUGCGGCAGCAGGGUCAACAGACACUAUCGUUUGCCAAGAUAACCAUCAAUGGAGCGCAAAGCCAAAAUGUCAAAUUCGCCAGAAUCCAUCUCAACCAACAGACACAUCAAUACCAAAGUCGUUUUGCAAAUUACCAAACGUUGCAAAUGGCAAGUUCAUAAAUGUAGUGUCAGCACAGAUUGAGUUAGGAUCAACGCUUCGCUUUAAAUGCGAUACAGGAUUUACAGCCUCGGAAUCAGGUGAUACUGUGACUUGCCAAGGGAAUCACCAAUGGAGCGCUGAGCCAAUAUGUCAAGAUAAUUCUAACGCUUCCAGAAGGAAUGCAGUGUCAGCAUCAAUGAUGGCCGUUUACGUAUGUUUGUCAAUAUUUGUGACAAUCAUAUCUGCGAUUGUUGUCAUAUGCAUCAGAAAAAGAAGACAAUCAUGUACAGGAUGGAAUAGAUUUAAGUGAAGGAAUGAGGUGCAGGU